GUGACGCACUAGGGGUUCGGCUGCAGACGCUCGGCGCUGGCUGGAGCAGUCAUGGCGGAGUGCCGGUCGGCCGCAGCUCGCUGGUUCUUCACCCGGGAGCAGCUGGAGAGCAGCCCGUCCAGGCGGUGCGGGGUGGAGGCGGACAAGGAGCUGUCAUACCGCCAGCAGGCCGCCAACCUGAUCCAGGACAUGGGCCAGCGGCUCAAUGUGUAUCCUUCACACUGCCGGAAAGGGGAGCGGGGCCUACAGCCUGGGGACAGGGGGGGAGAGAGGGAGUGAGUCCGGGGGCCUAGCCUGGGGACGGAGGGAGGCCGGGCACGGAGCCACGCUGGCAGAACACGGAGCCGGCUGCGGCCUAGUCUGUCUCUCACUGGAGACACGGUGCAACUCGGGGAGUCUCCGUGAGGGACAAAGGGUCAGCACCUCCGGCCGGCAUUGUGUGAGGGCCCCGGCCCACAGGGGGAAUACAGCUAGGGGCCCGGCCCACGGUGGGUUUUGGCUAGGGGCCCACGGUGGGUUUUGGCUAGGGGCCCACGGUGGGUUUUGGCUAGGGGCCCACGGUGGGUUUUGGCUAGGGGCCCACGCUAGGGGCCCACGGUGGGUUUUGGCUAGGGGCCCACAGGGGGAAUACAGCUAGGGGCCCACGGUGGGUUUUGGCUAGGGGCCCACAGGGGGAAUACAGCUAGGGGCCCGGCACACGGUGGGUUUUGGCUAGGGGCCCACGGGGGCCCGGCACACGGUGGGUUUUGGCUAAGUGCAGGAAAAAUAUUUACUAAAAUGCCGGUUACUCAGAGUGCAUUAUUUCACACCUAUAGCCGAAAUGAAAUUUGUUUUAAUGUUUAAAAUACACUUUUACUUCUAAAUUCACAAUUGGGGCAAUAAGCCUUGUACAGGGUUAUUCACUAAAGUGAGAAUUCAAAGUGAUAGAAGCCAAACUGGAAGUAGAUGUGGCUUAGGUGAGAUGUGCAAUUCAGCUAUUUUGACCUUAUUUAGUUUUUUUUUCUCUCUUGGCUUUUCUCAUAUUGUUGAGGUUCAUAUGGUUUGCGGUUUGUUGUGAUUUUUAGCGUUAAUCUUCGAUGAUUGUGUUCCUUUAUUUCUGCUCUAGUGUAAUGCAACAUUUUUCAGGAUUCUUAGUCUUGAUUAGUUGUCUAAUGUAUGGAAUACUAGCUGUUCUGAGCUUUUUAAAUGAUGUGCUUACUUACCGUCAUGCCCUAAAAUCUGUGGAUUACAGAAGAUAUAUUGGACGUUUAUAAGCUAUAUGUUGCUACCUGCUAUAAGCCAAAUUUUGUUUGUGAAUGGUGAGAUGACAUAGGCUUGCCUCAAUUUUCUUUGCAAUAAGUGUGUAUGUAUGUUUAUAAAUGUGUGUGUGUGUGUGUGUGUGUGUGUGUGUGUAUAUAUAUAUAUAUAUAUAUAUAUAUAUAUAUACACACACACACACAUACACUCACAUACAUAUAUAUCCGUUCUAAGCGCCACAUUAAACCACCUUUUGAUUUUCUAUCCUAUGAGCUUCUCUGCUUAGAAUGUGUGUGGGUUCCAUUUAUGUUGAAAUAUUUUCUACCAAACUAUUGUUAUCCUUAACCACAGCACACAGCUCGCAAUUGACAAUAAACACUGCAAUUGUUUACAUGCACAGAUUUUAUAUGCAUCACUCUUUUACCAAAUACCACAGAAAUGUAAGUAAAACAUUUUUUCCCAUAUAUUAGUGGACAUUUUAAAUUCCUAUUUGUACAAUAGUUUUAGGAGUUUAUUAUAUAGGGACUAUCAAUAAAUGUUGUUCAGUUACACAGCAAUUUAUAUGAAGUGAAUCCCAGGAUACAUGGUCUAUCAGUGUAUAUAUCUUAAUGAUAUUAGAAAAUAUAUAUUUUGUGUAUAUAUAUCAAUUAAAUUAGAAAGAAUUAUAUAUGGAUUUUAACAUUUUCAUUUUAUUUGCAUGUUCAAUACUUUUUGAAAUAAUUUGAGUGUACUGGGAAAACUAGUGUAAGAUUAGGUAAAAUUGACUGGAUGAGAUGAUCAUUAAUUGAGCAGGCAAAUAGGUAUAUGCAUAAUAUGGUUUUUUUCUUUUGUAGUAUCUGUGCUUUUUACUGUUAUUUAUUUAUUUUACCUGUUACUGAUAUUCUUCAGCAGUGUUUUUGAUCAUUGCAAGAUAACUUUAUUGUAGCUACAUUAAAUGUUUUGGUUAUAUAUUCUGCAUAGGUAAUGUCUCCUACUGCUUUGUUCUUGGCUGCCAAAGUGGAGGAGCAGCCGCGAAAACUUGAACAUGUCAUUAAAGUGUCUCAUGCUUGUCUUAAUCCAGACGCUCAACUUGACACAAAAAGUGACGUAAGUAUAAAAAAAUAGUUUGUAAUACAUUUUUUCUAAAUUUUUGCUAAUUACAUCCCGAUUGCAAAACUCUGGCAAAUAUAUACAAGUUGUGUCUAUGGCUGAGUUGGGGAAUUCUUUUCAGAUAGGCUAUUUUUACCUCAUAGUUUCAUUUUUUGGUGUAAUGUGUGGAAAUUUAGUUUAAGGAGGUACCUAUCCAUAUUUCUGAACACACAAAUAAAAUCUAGGUUGGAUGUUGCAUUAUAUGGUGGUGUGGCUCUUUAAGCCAAUGAGCUAUAUCCACAUAGAGAAUUAGAUGCAGUUAUUUAUUUAUUUUUUCAUUGAAAGUUUAUUGCACUUUCAUAAACUAAAAUGAAACAAAUAAAACAAAAUGUAGGUUCGAAAAAAAAGCAACAGUAAACAGAGCAGAGCCAUAAUAAAAUAGCAUUGUAUCCUGUAACAGUAAAUGUACAAAAGGUUAGGAGCCAGCAGUAAGUUUUAAAGGCCAAGUUUACAUUAUUUCUGUUUUGUUCAUAUCUGUAUAUAUUUUUGAAUUUUAUUCAGUGUAUUUGUUUAUGGUUUAUAUAUUAUUUUUUACAAAUGCUUUUAUGUACUUAAAUGGCAGUGAUUAAUUUUUUUUUUUAACAUUAUGUGAAACUACCAGUUUCUCCAUUGUUUUGGACUGACAUGGAUUUAACAUUUGUUUCUAGACAUACCUGCAACAAGCGCAAGAGCUAGUAAUACUUGAAACUGUACUGCUACAGACAUUAGGUAAGUGUUUUUUUUUUUUUUUUUUAGGUUCAUUCAUAAGGGAGAAGAGGGGGAAACCAUCAGCAUUUGUGAUAUGAUUCUUAAGCUAUUUUUCCCCUCUACGCAUUCAUAUUUGUUUAAAUACUUUGCUGUUUUAAAAGUCUUGUAACAGUAUAUAUAAUAUAUAUAUUUUUUUUUUUUUUUUUUUUUUAGGCUUUGAGAUCACUAUUGAACAUCCUCAUACAGAUGUCGUCAAAUGUACCCAGUUAGUGAGAGGUUGGUUUAUUUUAAAUUUUUUGGCUAUUAAAUACUUAUGUGUUAUUUAUUAUACCUUUCAAUAAACCCAUGAUCUUUUUGUCUUCUUUUUCUUGCAGCAAGCAAGGAUUUGGCACAGACGUCCUAUUUCAUGGCUACCAACAGGUGGUUAUCCUGAUCCUUUGUUGCACUACUUUAGCACACUAUAGCUUUCUUUAUUGCAGGAUCUCCUUUCUGUGUCUUACUGCCCUUGUUGCAUAGAUGAGAGACUUUGCUUUAUCCAUUGCCUGGUCUUUCUUCUGUGUGUUAUGUAGUGUCAGGGGCCUAUGGCACAAAGGGGUGGAUUGCAUACUAAGAAAUGUAGUGAUGCAUUUUGAUCAGUUUCUUGAUGUUGAGUGCAUAGAAUUAAAUUGGUAGCCCCGAGUAGCAACUAAGCAUCUAAACUUACCCAGGGCAUCUUGGUAAGUACUAUGAUACUUAAUCUUAUAGUUCAUUCUCCACAUAUACAAUAAUUACAAUUUUAUAAAAUAAUUUUAAAAAAAUCUGCACAAGAUUGGUCAUAGCUCUUAGUCUGGCAUUUCAAAUUUAUUUAAAUUCCUUUUGUGCUUUGCAUCCCAAAUUUUACCAUGGCCCUCUGAAUUUAGAUGCUGUUUAGCAUUGAGAGUUCUUUUACGUCUAAACUGAUUUAAAACGGGCUUUCCAUUUUUAUUUAUGCAAUGGUUUUAUCGCAAAACAUUCAUUAUAUUGAUGAACACUGUUUAUUGAUGGAAUUUAAUUAAACUUUUUCUGAUUGUGUGCUUAAUAUCUGAAAUUUUGUUUAAUCAUUUUAACAACCAUGUGGCAGUCUAUACUGUCCUGCAGUGCAGGUAUUUAAUAUCCCUUGUUGGCAUAGCCUCUAAUGCAGUCAAACUACAUGCAGGGGUUAAAUACCUGCUACCUAGGAACCCCAGAUAUGAGGCUUCUCUCUGUCAGCUGGCCAUAGUUAGUGGCGCCAGACUAACAGAUGAGCUAUGUGCAGCACUAAAAGUGAAUGCUGCACAUAGCCCUUUAAAUCCUUGGAAAUACCGCUACUGAGUUCAGAGCCCUCUGUACUGGGUGAUCUAGGGAAUCCCCCGUCGGUGGACUUCAGUACUGGUGUCAGCUGAUGGAAGUCCUCUUAAGUGGAUAUUUUAGGGGCAGGAUUAAUGGUUGUUUUGAGGGCAAGACCAAGGGAAAAUGUAUAUUUGUUGUGAUAUCAUUCUAAUCAAGAGCCAUAGCAGAAUACAAAUAUGUGAUGUGGAACAUGUGUGGUCUGUGAAUUUCCCCAAAAUAAAAUAUGUGCAGAGAAAAAAACCAAAAUGUAAAUAAUUGUGGCCGUGACUCAUUACAAAAUGGUUGAAUUAAAGUGUUAAAAUGCAUUUAGUUAAUUAGCAUGGGACAUGUACUUUCUACAAAUAUAUAAUUUUAUGUUUUGCAUUCUGUCACUACUAUGUAAGUUGUAAUUUCAGCAUACUAACAUUUUCACUGUUUUAGCUUUAAAACUGUAUUUCAAAUGGUGCUUGUUUUAUAACUUCUAAAAAUUAAAAUCCUAUACAUAUUGAGUACUUGAUUAACAAUUAGGACUAAGUAGUAAAUCUAUUGAGUUAAUUGUCUUAAGUGUGUGAAGAAAUUUUUAAACGUAGAGCUGAGAAGAAAAACAACUUUAAAAAUAUUUUGUUUUCAAUAUUUUAUUCUAGUUCAUAUUGUGUUGUGUAUUUAUAUAGAGUAUCAAAAGCCAUAUUUCUCCUUCAAAAAGAAUAUAUAAUAUUAAUGGGUGUGCUUAGACAGAACAGGUGAAGUUGUGAUAGAAUGAACGCAUUGCAGAAGUGCCAGAAAGGUCUGGGUCACAAACAUGUCACAUCUGAAAAAAGGCUUGGUCCUUAAGGGACUAAUGAAUAUAUCACUAGGACUCAAUAAAGUUGAUAAUUUCUGCUGACAAUUGAAGUUUUCUUCAAAUAAAUGUUACAUAAUUUUGUCGAUUAUCUGGGCAUUUUCAUGGACUGUGCUCUUAAUGCAUAGGCAGAUGCACACACAAUUCCUACAGUAACUGCUACGUCCUAACAAAAUAUAUGAUUUUGAAUUAAUAUAAAAAUACAAUUUUGUGUUGGCUUUUGCCAGCAGCUUGGCUUACAGAAUAAACACCCAGUCAUGUUAUGCUUUUCUGAAACCGUAUUUCCACUUGUGCUAAUCUGAAGUUUAAUUGCAUUUUGUUUAGCUAGUUUGAAAUAGGAGCAGAUUCUGUUCAUUUGUUUUGCAGCCUUUAAUAUAAUUUUGCUUUGUUUAAAUGUAAACAUAGUUUGUCUUGUUAAACCAACCGUGUGAUACUUUUAAUAGGUGACGUACAGAGUGCAUUGAGUUAAAUCAUUUUUAAUGAAAGCUGAUCAUUUUUUUCCUUUGUGUUGAUUUGCUAUAAAAUUGGAUGUAUGCAGGUUUUAGGAUUGGAUUAUAACUUGCAUUUCUAUAUUUAAAGUACAUGCACUAAAUGUUAUGGCUUUUUUCUUGUUUUUCUUUAUGCAGCUUGCACCUUACAACAUUCUGCCUUCAGUACAAACCGACAGUAAUAGCAUGUGUGUGCAUUCAUCUGGCUUGCAAAUGGUCCAACUGGGAAAUUCCUGUAUCAACGGAUGGCAAACACUGGUGGGAAUAUGUGGAUCAAUCAGUUACUCUGGAACUGCUUGAUGGUAAGAACUUGGAUGUGAAAGUGAGAAUUAUAUUGGCGAGUUCUCUAGGAAUGUUAAAAUAGGUCAUCCUGUAUUACCACCGAGAAUAUAAUCAAUCCGGUGUUUCAUUUUCCAGUCUGACAGCUAUUUUAGCUGCUUUGUUUUGUAGAUUAGGAAUAAAUACCAAUUUUUUAAGGACAUCCUUAAAUAUUUUAAUGGAAAAACUAAACUUGACAGUUUUGCUUUCUUGAAUGUGUAAGCAGGGUUAAUGCUGAAAUAACUGCUGCAUCUUAGACUAUCUUGCAUAGAUCUUGAGGGUGUCUUGAACCAAUGAUUACCUUGGCAAUCUGUGUUUAAGACUUGUACUGCAGUGUUUUUGAUGUCUGACUCCAUUAAUUGGAUAGGUGAGAAAGAGAGUGGUUUGAAAACAUAGAAAGAUAAUCUUGUUUCCCUUUCCAGAGCUAACUCAUGAAUUUCUGCAAAUUCUCGAGAAAACGCCAAGUAGACUGAAAAGGAUUCGAAACUGGAGGGUAAAGAACUUUAACAAAUCUGCAAAACUACUCAUGUUUUACAUGUUUCAAGUAUCAAUCUUGUCUGCAGUACACGUGUCAGCCUCUCCUGCUAGAUCAGCCAUGGCUAUGCUUUAACAGAGCAGCUGGAGCUGACAGUUUCCUUUACUUACUGAGUAUCUGAUGAAUCAGUCUUUUGCAGCAACGGAUUUCCAAUGUUUAAAUCACUUUAGUUUCCUAAAGAUCUAGAUUUAUGUACUUAUUUAUUUUGAUACAACAAAUCUUUCCUAAUGCUUUUUCAUGACCUAAGUAACAUCACGUGUAGCAUUUGUUUGGCAUUUCCAGAGUUUAACUUUUACGUUUAAGGCUCGGAAUCACUAAAAGUUUGAACUCUGUAACUUGCUCGGUGUUCUUGUGGUUUCCAAUUGUUGUGUUGGUUAAUCUUGGCAUCCAGUAUGUUUUAAUUGAAUUUCUCACAGGGAUGUAGUGCAGAUAUCUGGAAUAUCAAGCUUUAGCCAUCGCUGCUUCAACAGGGUUCUUAUUGGCUUCGUGGAAGCUCUUAGAAAAAGAAACUGUUGUCUUAGAGAAUAUUUAAUAAAAUAUUUCUCACUUUAUUUGUCACUGUUAUUUUCUUUCGAUUACUAAAAGUUAACAUAUUUUUACAUUUAACGUUUUCUUUUAGAUUAAAUAUUGUCAUAGUUUUACUUUUUGUGAUGAUAAAUACUUCAGUGGUUGCUUUUAAUCUGAUUACUUUUUUUAUUUUUUUAUUUAUUUAUUUCUCAAUAGGCUAGCCAGGCUGCAAGGAAGCCAAAGUCUGAUGGACAGCUUGACAAUUCCCUCCUUGGUCCAUCCCUGGUCCAAAAUUCUAUAUUGAUGGAUCCUGUUGCUGGCAUCACUGCUAAUGCAAGUUUUCCCAAGGCAUCCUCUUCCACUUUUCCUCCACCAAUAGCUUUGAACUCAGGAAGCAUGCCUAUCCAGGCAGCUCAUAACCCAGAUGAACUGGCAAUACUGGCCACAGCAAUGCCAAGUACCUCAUACACUAUGGCAUCCCACCAUGAAUGGCCUCAACAUCAGGAGCAGCCUAGAACUGAAGUGUAUAAUCCCAAAACAGAGAACUCUUUACCUGUUGCUCAGUUUGGCAUAAACUUUCAACAAGCCACUGCUGUACAGCUUCAUUCGGGCCUACACCGUGCUGAUAAAGGUUCAGAGCACUCUAUUAAGCCAGAGCAUGCUCAUAAGCCAACAACUGCUAAACAUCAUGGUCAAAUUUAUGCACCUCCAAUGGCUGUCCCUCAUAAAAUGUCACUGGACAAAUACAGGGAGAAGCGUAAACAAGAAACUGUUGAAGUAGAUGCAAGGGAUAUGUAUGCACCAGUCCACAUGGAACUGCAUCACAAAAAGCACACACAUAUUCCUACUGGAAGCUCUUUGACAUCACCUCCUAAACUGAAAAUUCAGCUUCCCAACUCUGACAAGACUGACAAACAUUCAUCUGAUAAAAAAGAUAAAGGUGUAUCGCUCAAGUUGCGAAUACCAAUUCCACCUGGAGAGAGACCCUCUAACAAAGAGGACCUGAAAAUGAAAAUAAAAGUACCUUCCGCUGACAGACACAGCUCAUCUGAUGAGGGCAGUGGCAAAAGCAAACACUCGAGUCCACAUCUGAGCAAAGAACAUAAAGAGAAGCACAAGGAACAUUCUUUCAACAGACACCAUAGCAGCAGCCACAAGCAUUCCCAUAGCCAUGGAAGUGGAAGCAGCAUCAAUAGCAAUAGACUUUACACAGAUGGAAUGUCAACGACUGUUUUGAGGAGUCCAAUUGGCCUGUCUAACGAUGGUGGUACCUCGAACUCCAGCUCUUCCAGAAAGAGGCCGCAUCCCAAUGAUGCCUCUUACAACCACCACUCGAAAAUGAGCAAAAGUUCCAAAACUUCAGGUAGUUCUACUAGUUCUUCCUCUUCUAAGCAGUUUGUAUCCUCUCACAACGCUGUUCUUAACCAACCCUUACCCCCUCCUCCCCCUGUCACAUACCAGGUGGGCUACGGGCAUAUCAGCACCCUCGUGAACCUGGACACGAUGCCAGUGGAGAACAGCCCUGAACACGUUCACGAGUAUAAUGCAAGGAGCCAGCAUACGAACUACACAGAUACAUUCGACAUUCUGGAUUCGCUGUUAAGUGCCCCAGAAAUGAACACGUGAUUCUUUAUUGUAUAUUGGGUUUAUUUUUUUUCCCUCCCCCCCCCCCCCCCCUUUUUUUUUUUUUUUGCUGCUGUUCCUAAUUGUUUUUGAAUAUAAAUUGUUUUUUAUUUAAACAAUCUUUAGUAUGGAAAAACAUUCUUUAACAUGGGUGACGUCUGUUGCCACAAUUUCAAUACAUAUAUUCUAAGUGCUGCUUUUACCCCUCAAUCUGAAAAGAGGUUAUAGUCAAAUGUCUAUCUCCACAUAUAGUAUUAUUAAUACUGUAAUUGCAUGAAAGGUGCAAAAACUCAGUAUUUCUAUGGUUCUAAGAGAAUAAGAAUGGGUGGCUGUUUCUAACCCUGUAGAAUGCUUCAAUAAUUGCUUAUUUAUACUUCAGAGUAGUUCAGCCAUCGUUUUCUGUUGCUUGGCAUUUUGGGGUGAGUGUAAAAUAUUUUUUGUUCUGUUUUAUAUAUUUAAAGCGUAUGUAUGUUAUGCAUGUCCUCAUCGGUAAAGGGAUGAAAAUGGUAAACAAACUGUUUACAAGUGGAGAAACCAUAUUUACAUACGUUUUUGUAUGUUUAGAUGUAACCAUACAAUACUCAGGUUUGGAGCUGCUUGUAUAACAUAACACAGAUUAACUAUAUUUUCUCGUCAAAGCCCAUCAUAAUACUAAACCUAGGAUGGCUUUGUCAUGUCUCACAAAGCAGUUUCAGUGCUACAUUGGCGUACAAAGAAUGGUUGCCAGCCUUUGUAACAAUGGAACAAUUAAAACUGUAGGCCUUAAUGGGAUCUGCUGAACAGGAAUCCACUACAGAGGACAUUUUAAAAGCCAUGAAGCCACCUCUUCAUCACCGGGAAUGCAGCGGAGGAAUCAGUGCCUCGAACACCAUUGUGACUAGCAUUUGGCUCGUGGUCAAUCCAUAGGGUUGUGAAGGAAAGGAGAAGUUCAAAAUAAAGUUUACAUACUCUCUUGCUGUGAAGUGCAUUUAAGUGUUUAUUAGCUUGAUGCAGUAAAUAUAGACACAAAGUUGCUACUAAAUAAUGGUAAUGUAGAUUAAUGUAAUUUAAAACUUAAAACUUUGUAUAGAAAAAAAACUUGCAUAGUGAGUGGAGCUAUUUAGUAAGUCCGUGUUUUUUUUAAAUAUAUAUAAUAUAUAUAUUCCAGAAGUUAUUUUUAUUAGCUUACGGGCAUCACCGUUUCUUAGUAUUUCAGAAUAUCUCUGAAUUCUAAGAGGGUGUACUUGUCUCUUCCUGUUGUUUUUUUUUUUUUCUUUAAAUCAAAGUAAAAUACAGUCUUCAUAAGAAGGGUUAAUCUGUUAGUCUGCUGUCUAUUCGUUUUAUUACGACAAUAAAAUGGUUAUCAAUAAUAUGCAUUGAACUUGUGAAUUUAGGUUUUUGAAAUUCAAGGUUACUUUUUUUUCCCUCAGAUGCUCUGUGAAAAGUCCAAUUAAAACCACUCCCCAUACAUUUUAACUCUGUCUGCUCGUGUCAUAUUGCGUGUACAUAGUAUGUGCAGUCUUCUGUUUUACAUGACUGUAGCAUUUUAUAUUAAAAUCUUUUAUUGCAUCCUGAACCUCUCAUGCAUAUUCACAGUAAUGUCUGAUCGUAUUUACUGUAAAUGUAAUCAAUGCUGACAUUAGACAGAAAAAUAAAGGGUAUAUUUUUUAUUCAUUUACUUUGUAUUGAAAGUUCUCUAUGCACUACCGUAAGUCUUUUUUUUUUUUUUUUAUGGUGAUGCUAUAGCACAGUCAAGUCAUUGAAUGCAAUCUGUAAUCCUGCAAAAUGUCUGGACAUGUGAAAGAAUGUAUGUGUAUAUGUAUGUUUGUGUAUAUAUUAUGUAUAUAUGCACCCUUUUUUUUGUUUCCCUUUUUUGAAAGCCUUAUUUUUCUUUCUCUUUUUUAUCAUGUAUAAUAUGUUUUGAGAAUUCUAAUACAAUUGUUAUGACCGAAUCGGUUUUAUUUCUGUGGUUUUUGUUUUCGAAUUUUUUUAUUUUUUUUUCCCCAAAGACUUUCUUGGCAAAUACUAGUGCUUAUUUUGCUAUUCAUUCUAAAUACGUGGAUUUACCAUACAUCGUGGAGUAGGAGCAUCAGAUUUCUAAUUUACACUGUAAAAGGGCGCAGUUAUUCGAAUUGUAUAUAUUCUUGAUAACUGCACAUCCUUGAAGUAUGUGCCUUAUCACUCUAACUUAUGUAAUGUCUAACUAGUGGGGGUUUCCUUCCUAGUUAAUGAACUUUGUUGGAGUGGUUGUGUGCUUGCGAAAAAGUGAAAUCGAAUAGCAUUUAUUGGUUUCAUGCAUCAUAAGCCUCUUUUUGUGCAAAUAAAGACCUCUUCCCCCAUAUUUUGUUUACCACAAUUUUGUGCCAUUUGAGUACACAUACACUAAUCCAGAUACCACAACAUGACUCAAAACUACUGGAAGGCAGAGCAAGUCAUAGACUGUUUUAAUUUUAAUAGGCAAGAUUGUCCUAAAACAUAUAUUUGUGAUGAAUAGUUAUGAAUUAAAAUGCUUUGUAAGAUUUUGGUAAAUGCUUGCAAAACUACGUGGUGUAGUCUGUAAAGAAAGUCAGUUUUUACAGCUCUAAUAUAAGAAUACAACUCAAAUUUCUAGCCUCGGAAUCUGUUGGUUUUUUUAAUGUCAACUUCUUAUAUUCACUAGUACGCAAGUUACAGCAAAAAGCUAGGUUUUAAGUUAAAAUGUGUAGCCACUCUUAAGCGCUCUGUAUAGCAGGACUUAUUCAUGGAAGGCUAAAUAAACUCAUAAAUGUUCUGCUUGUGGUUUUGUUUGACAAUUUGGGGGGUGGUUCAACUCAUAUGGUGAAACUCUUUACCUGCAGUCUUUGUAAGGAACAGUAAAUGAGUAUAGUCAGUAGUGGAAGUAGGGCAGUGUAGAGAGUGAGGAUCCACAGGUAAGUGGAUUUCACCCAUUCUACAGGAUCCAGAUCCAGUGGUCUUGUCACCUGUGAGGGGUUUUGCACAAAAUGCAAAAACUCUGCAAGUUACGGGUUUGUCUGCUGUUUUUGAAUUUUGAAUUUUUUUUAAUCAGGACCCUUUUAGUCUGUCAAAGCUUUUUCUGAAACAUUUCUGACUACAUCUCAAGUUCUUGUUACAACUGGGUGCCUCCAUCUUGGCUCUCUGUCAAACAUUGUUAUAUCCUAUCCUAUGAAACAUUGUUAUAUCCUAUCCUUUGAAACGCUUUUAGGCCAAAAUAGCCUAACCUGAAAGCGAAGCCCGAUUUUAUGAAUUUGUCUGACUCUUUUUUGUUCUAUAGUUAGAAAUUCCCUUUUAAUGCACUCUGCAUUCCCAACAAUAUUAACUAAAUCUUUUUCUGGUUUGCCGGAGAUGAAGUGGCUGUUCUUGUUCAGUUUGUGUAUGCGUAGUUUAUAAAUGUAACGGAAUUCAUCACCCUUGUUAAUAAACAAAAACAAGGAUGUGCAAUUUUGACAUCAGAGGUCAGUAAAUUAGAAUGUUGAAGCAUGCAGUGUUAAUUUUGGCCUCCAAUUUCAAUUUAGCUUUAGUCAGUCUUUUGACUAAUAAGCUAUUUUAGUCAUCUUAAUUGUUUUAGGCGACUAAAUUACCAGUAGAUUCUAGUCGACUAAAUCUACUGGAGAUUUUAGUGUACACAAAGCUCUUUUUGCCCUUUCCCCAGGCUCUGUGUCUCUCUCCUAAGACCUGGUCUAUCUCUUUUGCCCCUACCACAGCCUCUAUGUUCAGUGUUAAUUUUGGCAGACUAUAACUGAAACUAAAUUUCAAUUUAGUUUUAGUCAGUCUUUUGACUAAAAUGCAAUUUUAGUUUGUCUUAUUUUAGUAAUCUGAAUUGUUUUUGGUUUUAGUCGACAAAAUUAACACUGGAAGCGUGGUCUGUACAAAGUGUUGAAGGAACGCUUUGAAACACCAUAACCACUGCAGUGUUCUGUUUUUUUGUUAUGGUGUCCCCCACUGUAAAUAGUCAAACCAUUUUAGAAAGUUUGAUUAUUUACCUCCGGGUAUGCCUGGCUCCAUUCCCUGCCGCCUCUACAUCCAAAACUCUGAAGCUCUCCUGAGCUGUGCAGUGCAAUCUCAAGUGCUGAAAGUGAUCUGCUUUCAGGCAAUGGGCAAAGCCCUGCACUGUUGGUCUUGGCUCAUAGAGCUUAUGGCACUGUGUUGGUUGUAAUGAAGGCAAGGAGUCAAACCAUUUUAAAGUGUUGGGUUGGGGCACCUUUGCCAUACUAGAGGAAUUCCUGCCACCAUAACCACUAAAAUUGUGGGGUGUAUUUAAAACUAUUUUAUAGGCGCUCUUGGGCGAUUUUCACUCUAUUCUCACAUGUUUUUUUUUUUUUAAGCUUUCUGCGCUGUGAAAUAUUAAUGCAAAAUAUAAAUUGUAAUACAUUGGAUGUAACAUGCAUCUGUAAUGCACCUAAUAACCAUUAGUCUGGUAUAAAAAAUGUUUUACAUCUUUUUUGGGUGGUGGCUGCUUUUUCAGUGCCAGACAAAGGGGGAGGUUUGUGAAAGUUAUCGGACCACUAUGGAGUGGUGUAUAGCUCCAUAAGUGUUAGAUCACCAUGGAAACCAACGGAGUCAGCCGUUAUAUUACAUUAGUUAUUGCUCCACAUCUUUGUCAUCCCCACUUUGUGCUACUACAAAUUUCUCUUCAAUGUUUGAGAAAUGUACGACUACUGUAAUCUUUCUGGACACACAUUUCUGUUGAUGGGUGUUGAGGGUGGGACAUCUACAGGUAGGAUGACCAGGUCUGCCUUGUUUAUUUCCCUGAGCCACAUAUGUAUAGAUAUAUUGAUGGACAGCACAUGAAAAGGGUUGCCCUGUAGUAUGUGGAAUACUGAAGGUGUUUAAGUAAUUAGGCAAUGAAAAAUCCUCCAGAAUAUGUAUUAUACACACUGCAGGGGAAACCCUUAUAUUUUCAUAAAUAUGACAAAUUUAUGUGUCCCUGAAAACCUGGUGGAUCUGUUAACCCUAUCUAAAUGGUAUCUUUAAAAUGUAAACUAAAAAUCUAAUCCACAGAUUACUUGGUAUUGCCUGUAAGGUACAAUUUUAUAUUACCUAUAUAUUCCUUGCCUGCUUGGACCCUGUCAUUUUUAAGACGUGUUAAUACUAUUAUUUGUCUUCAAGUGAGUAACUGGACAAAACGUUAGCAAUUAUUUACUCUAGUAUCCAAUAAAAUACAUUGUAAAUCCUCACUCCUGGAUUCUGUGUUCCUUUGAUAUCUCUGACCUUAAAUUCAUUUGCAUGAUGGUUUCUUCUAAAGGCAGUCUUUAUUUGGAACACCGAAGCCAAAACAAUAUUUUGGCUAAUUUUGCGAGUCUUUGUAAAGUCCUGACAAAGGCUCAUGUAGGAGCCCAAACAUUGUUCUCCUUUUGACAUUUACUUCUACUGGACAUUUUUGGGAACUUGCCCUCUCUGUCUGGAGCACCCUGGUGGAGGUAUUCCCCUUUUAAUAUAAUAGUGUGUUCACUGUUCUCUAUAUUUGGCUGAAAUUCCUUCACAGCUGCGUGGGGGGGGGGGGAGCGAGCGUUGUUUGCCUUGGUGUGGCAGUUUGAACAUUUCAAAUACCGUGUAUUUUUUUUAUUUUUGUUGUAUUUAAAGGAUAGUUAUAACUUAUUUAAUGCCAGGAAUUAUUCCUAUGCAGUACCUUGUCUUGUGCUUUUGUUUCUGUUUACCCCAGCUUCUCCUGCUAGUGCAUAUCAAGGAGGGAAUAAUAAAUGGAUUGAGUAGGGAUUCCAGGUUAAAGGAACAUUUGACUUUUUUUUAAUGCAUUUAGAUGCUGUAACACAUUAAAAAUGCAAAUUAAAAUUGCUUCAGUAAAAUGCAGAUCUCCAGCAGAUGGUCACCAAACCAGUGACGUAGCCAGUCCUGAUGCACCCAUUGUUUUCAACAGAGCUAUUCUUUAUUUGAUCAACUGUUGCCCGUCAGGAAUUUAUGGGGCAUGUAGUUCAACAAUUCUGUUCUUCAGAUAAAAAUGAUCAGAACUGCAUCUUAAGUCAGUAGCAUUUAUACUUGUGCUGCUAUCGGCUUACUGACCACUCUAAUCACAAUUUUGUGAGUGGGCUACAGUAACCUACCACCACAUAUAUGUCCAUUCUCUGUUCUGGCUCCUUCACAAAAUCCUCUUAAGGAACUUUUGAUGUAGGACUUUUUAGUAUGCACACAUCCUACAGGAAAAUGACUUUAGCUUAAUGUGAUGCCUAUCAGUAAGAAGUCUAGUCUUCUAGCUGUGUAACUUCAAACCAAUGCAGCUAUAAGUAUUAUGUGCAAUAAGACCGGGACUGGGAAACAUUUUGCAUUAUAACAUAUGUAAAAAAAAAAUCAUAGGUUGUUAUGGUGCUUGGAGAAUCUUGGUGCCAUGAAUGUGCCCCCCUUUGAGGGAUCGUAUAGUGCCAGGAAAACAAAUCCUUUUUCCUGGCACUAUAAACUUUUGGAGAGUCCCCUCCCUUUGCGCUGAAGGAGUUAAAACCCCUUUAGCCUCUUAUCUUAAUCCAGCGCCGGGCUCCCUCGCCGCUGGAGAUCUCUCCUCCCCCCGCCGUCAGCUGCCGAGUGGAGCCGAAUGCACAUGCGUGGCCAGAGGUGUGCGCAUUCAAACACGGCCAUAGGAAAGCAUUACUCAAUGCUUUCCUAUGGGGAUCUUAUUUGACACUGGACUCCGUGAGGACAACAAGCGUCAGAUAAGUGCAAUAUACUCAGUGUAAAUUGCGGAAGCGGCCUCUAGUGGCUGUCUGGGAGACAGCCACUGGAGGCUGGAUUAACCCUCAAUGUAAAUAUAGCCGUUUCUCUGAAACUGCUGUCUUCAGCUGCAGGGUUAAAACUAGGGGGACCUGGCACCCAGACCACUUCAUUAAGCUGAAAUGGUCUGGGUGCCUAUGGUGGCCCUUUAAGUUGAGCAUUUCAUGAGGGCUAUUCUUAUAGCCAUUAUGGAAGUAUAUUGCCUUCAUUAUGCAAGAAAGAACACCAAUUUCACAAUCUUAUUGUCCCACCAGGGGGAAUCACAGAGAUCUGAUUUACAAAUAUAUGUAUUACCACUUUAUUAAAAAGUUUAUUGUACAAUCUACAAUUGUAUAAUAUAAGAUUAGAAUGAUAUAAUGUGAUGGUGAAUCUAAAUUUUGUUCCUGGAAAAGAUGUUUUUUCUUUUUUGUUUUGUUUGGUCUGAAAAGAUAAUUUUGGCACGAGUAGUCCUUUUAACUUAUCUCCUCUUGAUAAACGAGUGUUGCAGAAGCUUUUCCGCAGACGGACGCUCGUCUUGGUCCCUGUGGAUUGGAGCAAACAAUUACUAUUCGUUGUGGAAAUGUAUGUGAAUACUUGGUGUUUUGCAAGCUUUUGAGACAUUUAUGGUGUGUAGCCUCCCAAACAAAUACACUUUGCCUGAGUUGUCUAUGAUUUCUAUAACAUAUUGGUGGAGAUUAUACACCCUAUGAAAUUCGUAAGAUGGCUUCAAGUUCAAUAUACCUCUUGCCUGCCACGGUUCAAACUGUUUAGGAAUAAAAAAGAUUAGUUGCCAUUUGUUUUGUGAUUACAAAGUCUAGGUUAUUCGCUAAAAUGGGAACCGCAAAAGUUAGGCCAAAAUGCUAUAACUGGGAAAAAAGAUUAAUCGCUUUUUUACUAACUUGGCUUUUGUGCCCUUACAUGACCAAUUUCCUGGUCAGGUUUCACAUUGGUGAAUAACAUUUUAAAAAUGAAAUUUCUCAAACUCUUUUGGCGUUUAGUGAAUAGUCCUUGUAUAUUUUUUUUUUUUAUAACAUUAUCCAUGUUCUACAGAUACUAGAAAGAGCAGGGGAUACAGAUAUUUUAAGUAUUGAUACGAAUAUUAAAUCUGGGCAUAUGCAUUGUUUAUUUUAUAAUCUAUAAAAGUAUUUUAUUUCUGGGAACUCCUGAAUGUCUUCCUGUUAACAAAAUCUCUAAUAUGUUGAGGCAAUUUUCCAAGGCAUUCAUGUUAUAAUGAAAUUGUUGUUAAUGUAUAAAACAAUGGUAAUAUUUUGACAUAACGUAAAUUUUAACACACUACCAUAGACAUUGUUAACCUAUAAAUCAAAAAGCUUUUAAUAUCUAUCUUGUUUAUCCUUUUUGCAUUGCAGUACAAUGUCCAAUAAUGUUUAGUAGACAAAUGUUUUCAAUAGUUGGUUCCUGUCGUGUUUGGUUUUCCAAACAUAUUAAUAAUCACUCACUUAAACAAGUUAUUUUUGUUGGAGCACUAUACCUAUAUUCAUCCUUAAAUUGAUAACUGGAUUUUAUCCAUUUUUUGGUUCUUAUGUUUUGUGUACUUAUUUAGAAUUAUUUAUUUAUUUUAUAUACACCUGGGCUACUUCCAGGCUUACAUUUUAUUCAUGUGAAUUGUCAGUAGGAGUUGUGAAUGCCACAGUUUAAUUGUUUUGUUUUUUAAAAACUCUAUCCCCAAUACACCCCCAAUAAACUUGGGUUAGUGUUGGUCAUGGCUAUUCUGGUUAAAUAUAAUACAGUUUAGAUAUCCCAUAGUUUCCUGCCCACAUGGUCCAGGAACCUUUGAGAAUCCUGGGUAAUGUGUGUGUGCGCAGACAUAAAUAAUUUGGAAAUGUUUGGCACUGCAGUGCUGCAAGCAUUAGUCAUUAUCGCCAGGAUAAAGAAAAAUGAAGACACCGUGUUCUUACUUUUACAUUUGUGAAAAAAUACAAUUAACAUUAAAACAUUCUCAGGUUAGGUUGAAUAAAUUGGUACCAUUAAGUUGAGUUCUGUAGAACCCUUCUUGUGUUGUAUAAGGUAUCAAGUUAAUCACCGAGAACACUGACCGGAAUGCAGUUUAUAAUGAGCUUAGUUGCAGAAUUCUAAUUAACACCUGUGUAACACUGUAAACUCCAAAAAUAUUCUGCCGUCUAUUACCAUAGCCUAUUAUAGUGCAAUGAUUCAGAUGCAUCCAAAAUUGCCUUCUUAGUUAUGCAAGUUCAAUCAUAAUGGUUGGGCUUUUGGAUCAGAAUAGAUUUAAGGUUAAUUACCUUUCAAAACCCUUUCUUGUCCAUGCCAUAAAAUGGCAGCACUAAACAUGGCCAUGCCACAAAAUGGCAGCACUAAACAUGACCAUGCCACAAAAAUGGAAGCACUAAACAUGGCCAUACCACAAAAUGGCAGCACUAAGGAUGACAAUGCAGCACUUCAGUGACUAAACUAAAAAAAAUUCACUUAAAUGAAAAUUAAGGUAAUUAUGUUGCGGAAUUAGUAAUUAUAGGCAAAGUUGAUCCAAAAUACUAUUAAGCUUAAAGGACAACUGUCAUCAAAUGUUCACUUUUUUUUUUUUUUUUGGUUUAGUUUAUUACAUUUAUUGAUAUAUUUGAUAUAUUUAUGUAUAUUGAUUGCCCCAGACUCCACUGUCACCCGACCAACUGCUGCUCAACCUAGCUUUCCUGCUGCUGCAGUUUCACACAGAACAAUCAUAGCAGCAGGUAAGUUAGUUUGAGCAGCAGUUGGUAGCUAAUAGUCUGACCCAACGGCUGCUCAAUCAGAAGAAAAGUUAAAUUUUCACAAAUCACUAUACAUAAUUUUAAAAUAUCAUUGUUACAUUUAAUGUAAUAAGCGUUUCAAAAAUAUGUUAAUAUGUGACAGUUGUCCCUUAAAGCACACUUUACAUGAGGUUUUUGUUUUAUUCAAAUUUGCAAAGGCAGGUUAGUAACACUCACUGUUGGUAAAACAUUCUUUUUCAACAUUAUCGUGUAGGACUUAAUACAUACGAGUAGCACUUUUGACUGCGUUGGUAAAGUUAGAGGUUUUUAAUUAAAUCUUGGUAGUGCCAAGAUGAACCUUCUGCAAAAAAAUCUGUACUUAAUUCUUGCCAUUAAGAUCCUCUGUGCCAUAGUGUGUAACGUUAAUUUUGUGCUCUGUUGGAGGAAGUUAGUAGAAAGGUUGGCUAAAUAUGUUGGGAAAUGUAAUUUACAAACAUCUGUACUACAAAGUCUAGAUAUUAGUGACUUUCUCUCAACUAAAUUUGUGGACGAACCAUACAAGUGAACUUGUCUACUUAUCUGAUAUGAUUGUAGAUUCUCUUAAAACAGCUGGCUUGCACUGCAAUUGGCAUGGUUUUGCAGUAAUGUAACUCAUGAUGACAAAUGACUGUUCAUAAUGUUAGACCUGUACAUGUUUUUAAUCUUUCUUUUUCCCAACUCAUUUUCCAGUUGUAAACCAUUUUUAUCUCUUUCCUGUGUUGUGUUGUGGUAUUGAUAUGAUGCAUAUUUAACUUACAAACUUGAUGGGUACAGAUUCCAGACCUCUUUACUGUCUAUCAUACAGUCCUUUUGAACCUUCUAAUCAUUUUCCAUGAACUCCAUACUUGCUCCAAAACCCACUUGUUACACUGUCCCUCCUGCAAGAUUUUGUCCCUCUUCAUGAUCUUUCUCAAUGAUUUUUUCAUUUUUUGUGUGGUAAAUCCCACCCCAUGUAUGCCUCCAAUAUGUUCCCCCCAUUCCCCCUAUUCCUUGUCCUUUUAUCAGUUGUAAAGUAGAGAAUUUGAGGGGACCUAAGACUGCUGCCUUGAUUUUUAAAAUUGUUGGGUUUUCCAUAUCGUAUUUUUGGAUACUUAUUUUAAAAUUAAAUAUUAUGAAAAAUAAAUGCAUUUUAAAAUAUAUUUUUUGCUAUUUUAAUGUUGAACAAAUAUUUUUUAAAGUUUAUUUAAAAAAAACUCAAUAAUUUGGAAAACUUAUUCAACAAUAACAAAUUGAGGCGUUUGUUGGAGGCAGAAUUGAUUAUCAUUCCAAGAGAAGUAGUGUAGUGACAUAGUGACGAGGAGAUUAGGCAGAAUCAGGGAGCUUGAGCGGACGGAGGAAGUUUUAUAGUCUUAGAUAUGGACAGACUAUAAUUUUCCUAAAAUGCACAUCACAAAUGUGAUUUAUAAAAACUAAUCUGGAGACCUAGCUAAAUACUGCUUCUAUAAACCUUUAUUUCUUCUGUCUCUAGGUUCACCUGCACUGUUGGAACCUCAGCCACAUGUUGACCUUUCACCUCGGUAGCAACGUGUAAGUACUUACACUAUUUGAUAAACAUCUUUUUCUCUCUGUACUUAUGAGAUGCAGGCAGGGCAUCUUUCAGUGAAAUUCCAACACAGUCAAUAUGAGUAUUUUAUAAAAUACAAACUUUUCAGGGGGGUGACCGUGCCUUUGUGGUUUAAAGUGGGUUCUAUUUUUUUAUUUAUUUUUUUUUUUUUAAGCUGGCACUAAAAUGGCAGAUGAAAUUUAACGCAGAGAAAUGCAAAGUUAUGCACUUCGGGGUUAAGAAUGCACAAGCAAUUUACACCCUAAAUGGUAGUGAACUAGGGAUAACCACACAUGAAGGAUUUGGGAAUUGUUAUAGAUAAAUUAGGCAGCAAUAUGCAAUGUCAAUCUGCAGUUGCUAAGGCUAGUAAGGUUUUGUCAUGUAUAAAUAGGGGCAUAAAUUCUCAGGAUGAAAAUAUAAUUGUGCCUCUUUAUAAAUCGCUGGUAAGACUACACCUUGAAUAUGCUGUGCAAUUUUGGGCACCUGUUAUAAAGAAAGAUAUCAUGGUACUAGAAAAAGUGCAGAGACGAGCUACAAAAUUGAUAAAAGGAAUGGAGCAUUUUAGUUAUGAAGAAAGGUUAAAAAAAUGAAAUCUGUUUAGUUUGGAAAAACAGCGCCUGAGAAGGGAUAUGAUAACAUUAUACAAAUAUAUUCGGGGCCAGUACAAACCUUUUAUCGGGAAAUCUAUUCAUAAACAGGCCUAUACAUAGGACACAAGGUCACACAUUUAGGCUGGAAGAAAGGAGAUUUCAUCUAAGGGAAAGAAGUUUUUUUUUUUUUUUACAGUAAGAGCAAUAAGGAUAUGGAAUUCUCUGCCUGAAGAGGUGAUUUUGUCAGUCAUUACAGAUGUUUAAACUGCAAUUGGAUCAAUACUUGCGAAAACAUAACAUACAGGGAUAUAAUUUCCAAUUAGUGGGGUAAUAGCUGCUUGAUCCAAGGAGACAUCUGACUAUUUUGGGGUCAAGAAGGAACUUUUUCCUAGUUUGUUGCAAAUUGGAAGUGCUUCAGACUAGGUUUUUUGCCUUCUUUUGGAUCAACAGCAAAAACAUAUGUGAGGAAGGCUGAACUUGAUGGACGCAAGUUUCUUUUCAGCUAUGUAAUUAACUAUGUAAUAUAUACAGACAAUGCACAUUUCAACAGAAAUUGACACUUUUAUAAAUCGUUGUAACUCCCCCUCCCCAUCCCAUUAAAAAAAAGUCAGACACCCUGUCUUGUUGGCUCUAUGGAGCUAAACUCUAGAUUCGGCAAUUGCCCAGAGCAUCUGCCUGGCAAAGACUUCUCAUUGAUCUGCAUUGGGAAGUCUGUGAUUGGACUUGCUAAGGCGUCAAAUGAGAUCUGCAGCAAGCUUUAUUUUAUUUGGGAUGGAAGUAUCCUUUUAAUGUUCAGAUACCAGCUUAUUUUUCCACUAUAUUUUUGACUUCAUAAACAUUUGUGUGUGUGUUCUGCAUAUAAAAACUUACCUAGUUAAGCAUAAAUCUACAAAGUCUCUUGCCCUUCUUGAAAAAUGGUCUGGUAAAGUAGGCAUGAGUCCUUUAUUUGCUCCUAUGUAAUACAUUGCAGCCAUCUUGUGCAUGUGAGCCAGGGGUGGUUUUCCUGUUGCCAUUUCAAACACUGUGCAGCCAAUACUCCAAAUAUCGGAUUUCUCUCCAUGUCCAGAUUCGUUGAUUACUUCUGGAGCCAUCCAGAAAGGUGUUCCAUGCAUAGAUAUUAACACCUCGCUUCGAGUCCCACUCAUACUCAAACGAGUCAGGCGUUUUGCACAUCCAAAAUCAAUGAGUUUUAGAACACCAUCUGGCAUUAGCAUGACAUUAUUUCCCUUAAUGUCUCUGUGUAUGACCCUAUUUUUGUGAAGAUAGGCAAUACCUUGCAAGAUGUGCUUCGUAUAUCUACUAAUUACAAUUUCAUGUAACGGCCCAAAUCGUUUCAGUAUGCUAGAUAUUGAGCCUCCAGGUACGAACUCCAUGAAAAUAGUCACUAUGUUGUCUUGUAGACAAGUCCCCAAAUAUCCAACAAUGUUUGCGUGUUUUAGCGUUUUCAGGAGUUCCACUUCCUCCUGGAGUUUUUUAUAUUCCUUCUCAGCAGUUACAGGGUCCGAUGCAUCUAAAACAACUUGUUUGGCAGCUAUUAAUUCUCCUUGACUAGUCAGACCGCAAUAUACCUUUAAAGAAGUAGACAGGUAUUAAAAUUAGUCACCACAUCUUAAUCCAUAUGGUAGAGCCCAUUUAUGACCAAUUUUCCCAAAAUUCUAAUACAAAGUCAUUAUUUACCCUGGUUAAUGCCUAGGAACACCAGCUCUUUAGAGUACUUUAACUUAGUGGAGGCUGGUCCAUUAGGGUAGAUGGGGGUGCUUCCCCCUCCCCCUCCCUUAUUUUUGCAAGAACAAUCAAAUCUUAUUGUAACGAUAAGUGUGUGCUAACUGCCGUUUUUAUCCCCCCCCCAUUUAUCUAUGGAUAGUGAUGCUGCUGCCAGGCUGUCGGUCUAUGAUAUUGAACAGGGCAUGACAUGGACCUGGAGUUGAGUACACGGGAGUUAGGUGGGCAUUGCCCAUCAUAGUGGUUCCCUCACCAUCUUUCAAUGUCACCAGCCACCACUGCUGUAAUGAAGGAUCGGUCACUGGUAGAUUGGGGAGGUUACUGCUCCUAGGCAGUCCUGCACAAUGUGAGAUUCAACUCUCCUUCCAAACAUGUAUACACAAACUAACUUUCAUUUUGUAUUACAAUGAAAAGUUACAUCUUGCCCUAAACAAUCCACGUAACUGCCCCUUUCAUUGGUGGCUUAUUUUUCUUUCUUACCUGCAACACUGAUAUGAAUGAUGCCUUAAUGUUACAAAAUUAAAAUGCCUUAGGAAGAGGACCAACCAAUCAUGAACCUCACUUGAUAUGUUCGAGAGGCAGAUUGUCACCCAAUCUUCACUAUAACUGGUAAUUUGUGGUUAUCACUGAUCCAGUAAUAUUGUGUAUGAAAUGAUUACCGUUCCAUAUGCUCCUUUGCCCAACACUUCUCCCUUGAUCCAAGUUAUUCCAUCGAUAUGCUGGCUGAACUCACCAGUAUCUUCAGUAGGGUUUAAAUUGUUGGUGUUAGAGUUUAGACAUUCUUUUUUGUUGCACUGUAAAUGGGAGGGGGAGAGAGAAAAUUAACAUUAUUAUUAGUUUAAUAAUUUGUUUUUGCUUCUUAGGUUUGGCGUAACCAAAGAGAAAACCUGCAUCAUGGGAUGAUUUGUAUUGAAGAAAUUUAGCAUUUUAUUCUGAUGAUCUGUCCAGGACUGUAUUUUAGGAUGGAAAAUAGCUGCCAUACCUAUAGACGAGGAUGAAUCUGUGGUCUAUUUGAAAAAUGCUAUCUGAAUCUAUUUUUAAUUUGCCUUUUAUAAACUGAUGAAACAGUUGAAGAAAAAGUUUAUAUUUAUUUAUUUUUUAUGUAUUUCUUUCAAUAUUCAAAGUGAAAUUCUAUGCAAUUCUGUUAAUGAAAGAUAAAAAAAUUCUAUCAUUUUUGUUUCUUCCACUUAAUUUAGACUGCCUUGACUUGGAAAUUAUACUCCCUUCAAAAUAUUAGAUGUAGUAAUUUGUAACUAAUUUAUCAAAAACAUGUCAGCUUUGUUGAGAUACUGUUGGCUUUUAAAGCAGUAUUUAUAAACUUGGAGAUCACUGCUAAAACUGCUAAAAAUCUCCCUUGCGUUUAGCUUGUUUGUGAUGUUACAAAGAAAAGGUCUCAUGUAUGUAAAUCACAAAUAAGUUACAUGUAGUCUGCUUUAAAAGCAAAAUCUCUGCCCACUCCAUACUGGCUGGUUUAAGAUUCUUACAGUUUCAAAUAUGCACAUUGACAAUGCUGUUGACUGGCGUUCAAACCUAUUCUUAAAUUAACGGGAGGCAGUUUCCUCAUGGCAAGUAGGCUUUUCAUAAAAGUAAAUAUUCAAAAAAUAAAAGUUGCCAUCCCCUCCGUGAAUUUUCUUUUAAAAUGAGGAUUGUCAAAUUGUUCUAUUAGAAUGUUUGUUGCACUGUUUGUUUAUAGGGUAACGGACUAAUAGACGCAUUUGAUUCUCAGGAUAUGAUUUUCUGUGCCUCUGUAUGACUGAAUACUGCACUUGAUAUUAUCUAUGACGACUGCUAUCCCAGAUUAAUUCUGCUCUAUCCUCAAUUUCAGCAAUGGCAAAUUAAUCUUCAUAAUAAAGGGGAUGAACUGAU